GGCCGCAAUAAGACGCGCGGUCCGCCCCUCGCCCGGCCCGGCGGCGGCUGCGGCGCUCCCCGUGAGGCGGCGCGGCUUUAGCCCGGUAACCAGCCAAGCGUGUGUGGUGGCCUCUGUAUAAAGCAGCUCUUGAGUCUGUGCUGGGAUUUGUGUAGGUUGUUCCUUUGCUGUAGGAAAGAUGUAUCACUAUUAGAUGCCACACCAGCUGCCAUCUGUGCUAAGCUGCAACCAAAAUGGCAAAGUAUAGGCUCGUUCUCCUAAGACAUGGGGAAGGAGCCUGGACCAAGGAGAAUCGCUUCUGCAGCUGGGUGGACCAGAAGCUGAGCAGUGAUGGGAUAAAGGAAGCUCAGAACUGUGGCAAACACCUCAAAGCGCUGGGCUUCGAGUUUGACCUCGUCUUCACCUCUGUGCUGAGCCGCUCCAUCCAGACUGCCUGGCUUAUCCUGGAACAGAUGGGCCAAGAGUGGGUCCCCAUUCAGAGCUCCUGGCGGCUGAAUGAGCGUCACUAUGGAGCCCUGAUCGGGCUCAACAGAGCAGAGAUGGCUCUGAAUCACGGUGAGGAGCAAGUGAAAAUCUGGAGGAGAAGCUACGAUGUUACCCCGCCUCCCAUCUCUGAAUCUCACCCCUACUACGAAGAGAUCUACAACGAUCGCCGCUAUAAAUGCAGCGAUGUCUCCCAGGAUAAUCUCCCAAAGGCUGAAAGUCUCAAAGAUGUGCUUGACAGACUCCUUCCCUAUUGGAAUGAAAAGAUAGUGCCAGAACUGAAAAGCGGCAAAAUGAUUCUUAUCUCUGCUCAUGGGAACAGCAGCAGGGCAUUGCUGAAGCAUGUGGAAGGCAUCUCCGAUGAGGACAUCAUCAAUGUUACCCUCCCCACUGGUGUGCCCAUACUUCUUGAACUUGAUGAGAAUUUGCACCCUCUGGGCCCUCACCAGUUUCUGGGUGAUCAAGAAGCUAUCCAAGCUGCCAUCAAAAAAGUGGAAGAUCAAGGGAAAGUAAAAUCUGCUGAGAAGUAAAAUCCCACUGUGUAACACAGCUGUGUUCAGUGUGGUAGUAAGUGACGGUGUGUGUAUGACUGCUAGGUUGCACUGUGUGAAUGUCUCAAUUUCAAGCACUAAAUAAUUGGAAGGGACAAUUGUUGAGUCUCAGGUUGGUAGUUUAACCCUCUGCCUUUUCAGAAACUGGAAUUUAGAUAGCAGUGUGAGGUUUUCGAUACUGGAAAAGGAAGGAGAUGAUUCAGGUAAUGGAAGCUUGCAGGGCAGUCUGCCCCACAUCCACCACUGAGGAUGGCCCAGUAGAGAAAUAAAGGGAUGUGUUAUUGCCAACAACCAGUCCUAAUCUGUUAAGGAGAAAAGCAUCAGCUUACUGGACUAAGUCCAAGUUGUUACAGGCACUAAAACUCUCACUGAUAAAAUGGAACCAGAUAACUCUGUUAUCAGCUACGAUUCUUCUGUGUCAAUAGCCAUGUCAGUUUGUUCUUGAUGGAUUUCCUGCAGUCUUUCAGAACACUUCCAGCUGGACAGCUCUCUGCCUUUGGUAUUUUGAGUCUUCUGUGGCCAGUUCAUGGUCCAGAGAGUUUUGUAGAGAUGUUCUCACUACUAGAGUUGUCACAGUUGUCUUUUAUUACAGUGUAUUCUGUUUUUAAGGAAUCUAGAUGGAAUCCCUUUUCCUCCACCAUCUUUGCAAAGCCUAGCAUCCCUGCAUUUUGCUGGCUUGCAGUAAUAGGAUUUAAGUCAGACUUUAGUCCACGGAAGAAGCACAAAGGUUUUCUGCUCAGUGUUUAAAUUAUCAUGUAGCUCUUGGUGAGGGACCUGAGUACCUUUGAAACACUUUGGUAACAUGUACUGGAGGUUUGAUCAUCCCUUAGUCAAGUUUCUAGGAUAAUUCCUGCUAACCUCAGCAAAAGUGACAUAGGAAAAACCCCUCUAAGCUUUCCUGAGUUGCAAAGGUAUCUUGAUAAAUGUGUUCUGCAGUAACAUUACUGUGGCAUUAUCUGUAUCACAUUCUCCAAAGGGCUGGAAGAGAUGCAUGAAGUGUGUCAGAAGUGUUGCUGGGUGCAGCUCAUUCAGCCGUCCUGCUGCCAAGGAAGGACAUUCUGCCACGCCUGAAAGUGUUCUCCUGUAAACCUCUCCUCACAAUCAUAGCUUGAUUCCUGCUGAGUGUGGCCUUGCUGUUGUUUGGCACUGGAUUUGCCCAGUUCGCCCCGUGGUUGGAUGUAGUGUAGCAUGUGUGGCAGUCUCAUGUUCUCUUUAUGUACACAAGCGUCAGGGUAAUUCCACUUUUGAAGACUUGCUCUUAAUCUUACCUGCAAAUAUGAAACUGUUACUAAAGUUUACAUCUGAGCCCCUGUCUCAACACCUGAGCAUUUGAUUCUGACCUUGGAUAUCAACAUGGGUGACACUUGUGUGUGUGCUGCUUGAGCUGAAUGUGUUCUCAGCAUGGCCCAGCUACAAAUCUCAAUGUUGAUGAGAAUUUCUUUGAUAUGAUCAUAAAGUUUUAAAAUCCUAGAGUAGCUGCUGCUUUGCAGUGAGCAGCUCUGUAGCUUGCUUUGUAAGUGUGGAGGGUGUUUUUUUUCUUCUGAGGAGAGCAGUGUGACAGUGUGGUGUGCCUCUGACAGUCUUGCUGACAUGUGGAACAAGACUUCCCAGGUCUGAUGCCAGCUCACAUUAGAGUAGCGCAUACUCCAUAAAAGACCUCUUGCUAGAAGGUAGUUUCUCAUGCAUGAAUGGUGCUUGGGCUUCUCUAUGGUUUUGUUUUUGUAGCCCUUGUGGUAGGAACAAAAUUACAUGUUUCCCUUUUAAACAUCAGGCUGGUAGGUUUCCUCUUCCUUUGUACAAGAAAGAUGAUACUUCAGUGUUUUUUGUUUGUUUUGGUUUUUUUUUUUUCCCCCUUCUGAAAUUCUAUUAGCAGCUUCUCUGCUACUUGAUAUGAUACUGACUUAGUUCCUGGUGUUUUAGUUUUCUGUGCUUAGAGUAACUCUGAAUCUUAGUUGAUAGCUUACAAGUCAGUAUUACAGUGUUAGAUUGCUGAUCAGCAAAUGUUCACCUCUGAAAGGCCUGAGAGGGGCCACUGGCACUCAAGCGAAUAAAUUCCUCCCCAAACAUUAAAUGAUGUGUGAAGCUUAAUAUCAAGCACAUGUUACUGUAGACUCAUAAACAAGACUAGCAGAGCCACCUGUUGUGAGUGGGAACUGUGUGCAUCCAGGUGUGUGGGCACCCAGGCCAUGUCCACAUCCCUCUGGCAUUGUGCAAUUGUAAUGCAGGCCUUCUUCAGGACGUGACACGUGGCUGCAAUAUACUUGGAAAUGAACCCAGCUGAACUGGGAGAUAGGCUCUCUCCUCCCCUUCUCUGAGAAUCCUUGAUCUCUUCUGUGGAUGGACAGGUGGAUGAGGGAAUUUAGGGUGCAUUAAUAUUUGUUCUUGCAGCUGAAUGGAUGAAAUUGACUGAAAUCAUUCUCUGAGAGACAUGGACAGGAAGAAGAGAACACCAGUGUGAUGUUUUCAGGAGGUGUGUUUCUACAGUGCUGCUUGGGAUGUGAGUAGUAACUCUGGGAAGUUUGACUUUGUUUGCUUGGAUUGUGGCUCCAAAGUGGUGACAGGAUUUUAUGUGCACAUCUGGCAGCAGUAACACCUCACAAAAGUAUCAAAUGGAACCAACUGGGGAUUUCAUUGUCCUCUUUAAGAUUAUUUUAACACCUUGCAGUUCUGAGAAACCUUUUAAUUAAAAUCCUAAUUCAUAAACCAUCUAUAUUGAAGAGCAGCAACCAACUGCCAUCAACAGUGUCGUAAGGAUUCCUGAUCUUCAGGCAUAGCUACAUCAGAGGGAGAAAUAAGAAUCUUGCUUUAGAAAUCAGUGGUAGGGAAGCAUUUUUCCCUCUGUUCGAGUGUGCCUCUAAGUCCUGUAAGGUAAAUGGUGUUAAUACAGUUAACAUAAUGGAUGUGGUUGAUUUGGUUGGUUUAUGCAUUUUUAACUUGUGGUUCAGUAGAAGUAAUAGCUCUAGAUCCUGUUGAAAACCUUUGUAAAUAUGGUGGAGCUGGCAGAUUCUUUAUAACUCAAUAAAUUCACCUGAAAUUUAA